AUGACGACUAACAACGACAGCCCCUCCAAGCCCGCCUCGGUCCGGCCCCGGCUCGACGCCUCCAAGAGGAGCAGCUCCUACCUGCAGGAGUUCCAGCAGUACCGCCCGCCCAACAAGCCCGAGAGCAACUUCGGCAUCGACACCGUCGUCGAGGAUGCCUCGGGCUCGGCCAGAGGCCCCGCUGCCGGUGCUACCGUCGCCGACGCCAACAAUCCCACCCCUUCCCCCGCCUACCGGGGCGUCCCCUCCAAAGAGAACCCUCCCAAGGUCGUCGAGAGUGGCUUGAACCACGACCUGUCCCACCCCAACUGCGCGCCUGCCCCCGGCGCCUCCUCGCAAAAGCUCGUGGCCACCCUCUUCUACAAGACAAAGACCAGGCGCAUCUCCAACAAUGCCGUGCCCUCCCCCCCUCACGCCCCGGCCGAGCCCAACAAGCAGCCGGCCGCGCCCCAGCCCGAGGGCUCCGACAUCCCCGCCAACAUGGCGCCUACCACCGACCCCGAGUCCUUCCCCCUGGAGCCGCCCGCCGCCGAGCCCGAGCCCCUCGACCACCUCUACGGCUCCUACGUGUCGCCCCUAUGUGUCACCUCCUUCCUUCACCUCAUGUCGGCCUUCCCCCUGCCGCCCGGGUCCGAGAACAUGACCUCGGCCCACCGCUGCCUCGACAACAGCGAGCACCCGCUCGUCGUCGAGCUCACCCUGUCGCCCGCCCCGGCCCCGAGCUACCUGGAGCUGGCCGACCUGCGCAAGCACGAGCUCAUCUACCGCUUCGAGCGCGAGUGGAAUGUCGACGUCGCCCUGCAGCGCGACCUGCUGUGGCGCCGCCACCCGCGCCUGGUCGUCUUCGACAUGGACAGCACCCUCAUCACCCAGGAGGUCAUCGACCUGCUGGCCGCCACCAUCACCGACCCGCCCGACCUGGCCGCCCGCGUGGCCGACAUCACCCACCGCGCCAUGCUGGGCGAGCUGCAGUUCGAGAGCGCCUUCCGCGAGCGCGUCGCCCUCCUGCGCGGCCUGCCCGAGUCCAUCUUCACUGAGCUGCGCUCCGCCCUGGACACCACCGCCGGCGUGCGCCCUCUGAUCCGCGCCCUCAAGAGGCUCGGCGUUCGCACCGCCGUCCUGAGCGGCGGCUUCCAGCCGCUGACGUCGUGGCUCGCCUCCGAGCUGGGCAUCGACCACGCCCACGCCAACGAGGUGGUCAUCGACGAGUCCGGACGGCUGACGGGCGAGGUCAGGGGCACCAUCGUCGGCCGCGAGCGCAAGGCCGAGCUGCUGGCGCAGAUCGCCCAGGAUGAGGGCAUCGACCUCAGCCAGGUCGUCGCCGUCGGUGACGGUGCCAAUGAUCUCAAGAUGAUGGCCACUGCAGGCCUGGGCGUCGCCUGGAACGCCAAGCCGAGGGUGCAGAUGGAGGCUGGCGCGAGGCUCAACGGCGAGAGCCUGUUGGAUCUUUUGUAUCUAUUUGGCUUCACGAGGGAGGAGAUCGAGAUGCUGUCCGUGUAG